AUAGAACUGUUCCGGCCCAACGGAACAUCAGCUGUGCUGCUGGUCACGCUAGGGAAGGUCCUAAAGGCCAUCUUGGUGAUGAGGAGUCUGUUCAUCGACCGCACCAUUGUCCGAGGCUUCAACGAGAACAUCUACUCGGAGGACGGCAAGCUCGAUAUCUGGUCCAAGUCCAACUACCAGGUGUUUCAGAAGGUGACGGACCACGCCACUACAGCUUUGCUGCACUACCAGCUCCCCCAGAUGCCCGAUGUGGUGGUACGCUCCUUCAUGACAUGGUUGAGGAGCUACAUCAAGUUGUUCCAGAGUCCGUGUCAGCGCUGUGGACGCUUCCUGCAGGACGGCCUCCCGCCCACCUGGAGAGACUUCCGCACCCUCGAGGCCUUUCACGAUACCUGCCGGCAGUAACACACACACACACAGUCUCAGCCCUUCCACGAUACCUGCCGGCAAGUAACACACACACAUACCGCUGUAAAUAUGCACACACACUCUCACCCACUUUACACUUAACAAAGAAAAAAAUGGCUUUGCAUCCCUCGGCCCCUCUCCCCCCCCCCCCAUCCACCCAUUGUUUUUGAAGUAUUAAAUAUUUCAUGCUGUGAGUUGGCAGCAUGUGUGUGGAGGGGGGUGUAUGUGAGAGGGAGAUGUAACCCAGAAAAUCAGUGAUUUCAAUUUGCUUCCAAACUCCUCACCUACUUUUGUAAACCCCUGAAACCUCCUGAAAAAAUCCUCUUUUGUAAACUCCUGAAAAAAGUUAUGUUUUGUAAUAUUAAUAAUUUGAAAUAAAGUUGUGAAAUAGUUUAUUAAAACCUG